UGAGAGGGAAAGGACGAUUUGAGAGAUGGUGAAGGAGGAGCCCUCCCAAGCUUUGACAGAAGACGAGCGGCGGGCGCUCCGUGGGAGCAAAUUCGCGCCGCUCCCGGCACCCGCACCUGCUCGAGCCCAGCCCAGGGUGGCUCACCCAGGUGGACCAGUGACAACAAACAAAGCUGCAGCUUUAGCAAGGUUUCUUGAACGAAAGCUUCAACAACCAGAUGGAUUGAAGUCUAUAGAUCCAAAUCUUCUGGAAGUGGCCGUGAAAAAUGCAAAGGCAACUGUGCAUGCUAGUAAUGAAGGGUCUUCAGCCUCUGGAAGAAUGAUACGACAUGUUUCUUCCUUUGGGGACUCCUCUGAGGAUUCUGGACAAGAUCAAGAUAAAGAAGAAAAGCCAAAGCAAAAGAAGAGGAAAAAGAAGAAAUUGGACUCCUCUGAGGAUUCUGGAGAAUAUCUAGCUAGAGAAGUAAAGCCAAAGCAAAAGAAAAGGAAAAAGAAGAAAAAAAAGGUAGUCCAAUCCUCUUUUAGUUUCCUCUUUGGUUUCUGCUGAUGCCUUUUUAAUUGCAGGUGGUGCAAAGCCCCAAAAGUCACAAUAAAUCAUGAUUAUUUGUUCCUCAAGUUUGUGCUUUAAAAAUGGAAUGACGAUUCCAUAACCUUCAACGCUAGAGUGAAGCAAGCAUUGGUUCAACAUUGUAGGUGGCUGAUUUCCAUAACCUUCAACGCUAGAGUGAAGCAAGCAUUGGUUCAACAUUGUAGGUGGCUGAUUUUGAGUCCUUGUUGGACCUUGGUUGGAGUAAUAGCAGCUGUUGGAAGUAUGGGCUGAACAAUUUCAUGGCGACUUGAAAUGCAAUAUCUGUUGGUUUUGACUCAUUUUGAUGCGUUCAGUGUCUUUAAACUUAUGACAACCAGUUUUAGUUGAUAACUUGCUCAGCUGGACAAGAACACAAUAUAUGAGCUUUGGAUUAUCUCAUA